UGAUUGUGAUAGACUAGCUAUUGUGAUUCGAUUGGAUUUGCUCAUCAGCGCAUCAUCAGCGAAGGCUCCAAUCUGAAGGUUGGACGCAAGCACUGAAUCGAAUCGAACCACAACCGCCACAAGCAAGAGCAAAGAAUUCAUCACAAGCCACCUGUCUCAAACUGAAUCAUGUUGGGUGUUGCCAUACUGCUAAUUGAGUUCCUCUCGGUGUUUCGCACAGCCACUGCCUUUGGAGGGGAGAAGGCAUUCUUCACAACCACUCAAGGCACUCCCAAUGUAACCCAUCGUCAAUCUGUUUGUGAUAGAUUUGAAGACUUCUACUACAAGAGAGUUGAGUUACGACAUGCCCUUGAAGGCCUGCAGGUGAACAUAGGCUUGGGUUACUACCCUGAAGGAUACUUCAACUAUGAUCCAGAGAAGGGCAUUGAUAGAAAUGAGCCUGGUUUGGUCACGGUCCUCUUGGAUGAAUUGGGAAGACGAGGAGGAUUCACAUGGCGCAAUAGCUUUGGUGUUUACUAUGAUCCAAAAGACUAUGACAUGGAUUGGAAUCAGACACUUCACUGGAGUAUCAAAACUUAUGAUUUUGUUGCUGACUGGUGGGUUGCGAGCCGUGAGAGAUUGAAUGAUGGUGUUGCCUUCGUUGAGGAGUUUCUAGAUUCCAGUUUUGUUGUCAUUACAAGGGAUGCAUUGGAUAAACAAACCAGCAAGAAAGUUUCAGUCUCAUCAUUCUUUAACUGGCUCAAGCCGUAUGACACUGCUGUGUGGAUUAUGACCUUAUUUACUAUUCUCCUCAGUGGUGGUGUUUAUCAAGUCUUGGAGUGGUAUGCUGAUGAACGGAAUGACAGAUCUGCCUGGGAAUGGUGGCUCGGGAAUGCCUACCUCAGCUUUAUCAAUGCCACUCAGGCCUAUGAAUAUCAACCCAAGUCACUGGCCAGUCGAAUUUUUGGGAUAUCCAUGGCAAUCUGGGCUUUGGUCAUGACAGCAACAUACACUGCAAACCUUGCAUCUCUGCUGUUGGAUCGUGAGGUCCACUAUGGGCCUCAAACCAUGGAAGAGAUUGCAGUCUUUGGGAAAAAGCUUUGCACUUGGGAUGGUACAGUUUCUGACGAAUUCGUUCGCGACACAUACAGGACGGCAGUGCGUAUUCCAAAAAACUCUGAACUGGAAUUGUAUCAAGGUUUGUCCAAUGGAGACUGUGAUUAUAUGUUAACAAGCAUGGCCAGCUGGAACAAGUACAAAGGUAUCAAGGAAUACAAUCCACACUGUGAUUUAUUCUUGGUAGGAGAUGGCGCCUACAAGGUUUUGGACAUUGGGGGUGGAUUCAUCACUACUAUUGAUUCAGGAAAGUUGUGUACUGGAUUCAUCCGUGAUGUCCUCAACCUUCUCGUCCGAGACAUGAUUGAGGAUGGAUUUCUUGAACAAGCUUGGGAGCAUGAGUUUGCAAGGACCCAAACCAUUGAUUGCCUCACCUACAAACCAGGUGUUUUUGAUGAUCCAGCAUCAAGUGAUGUAGACCCUGCUGAAGAUAUAGGUGCCCGGAGCAGGCAGUUGCAGGAAGACUACCAAAUUCCAGAAUCAAGCCUCAAGAAUACUGGCAGUCAUCAUCGGCUCCUCAAAUCAGGUGGAAAGGGUGCUGCAGGUGGAGCUGUGGCAGCCAUGGGACCGGGUGGUGUGGAUGCCAGAACACUUACCCUGGAGCAGAUGAUUGGGACUUUUGUUUGCCAUUGGGGCCUGAUGAUCAUUGCAAUAGUCAUUGCCCAUGUCACUGCAGUGUAUGAUAAACAUGGGAAAAAGAGAGCAGAGCAAGCAACCAAGGCAAUAGUUGAUGGCAUCGCUAGCAGCAUGCCUAUCCUCAGUGAACCAUUCACAGAUACUGAAGCGCCAACAACUAACAGUUGCAUCCACAACCUGAUUGUCAAUGAUGGGGGGAUUGAAGUCAGUAACAAGACGGUGAGAGGAGAAGAAGAGCAGCAGGUGGAAACACAAAAUGUGAUUGCUGCCAUGCACUCACAAAUGCAAUCAGAACUCAAGGAGCUGAGGAAUCAGAUCAAAGUACUUGUGGAUAGGUCAGCAUCACCUGGAGUCCAUUCUGGGGCACUGGCAGGUCCAUUGCAGCCUCUAACAUGACCAAAAAGACCAGAAGACAGAAUUUCAAUCAAGAUUGAUUGAGGUGCACAUGCAAUCAGCAGCAGCUCCUGAUUGCAGCUAUUUGUUUUUGGAAAUCAAGUAAUAGCUAGCUAGUAGUACCCUUUGAUCUAUGCACUAUGAGCUCCCUACUAGGAUACUAUGAUCUCUGUGCCUGUUCAUCAAUUGCACAUCCCCAGAAGGUUGCC